CUACUUCCGAACACAAUUCACUGGGGCGCAAACGCAGGUUUGAAUUUAAAUGAAGCUAUGAACUUUGUGUCUAAGUCCUGGGUGCUGCCUGGAAUGCUGGCCAGCCAGAGAUGUAAAUGUCACCCAGCAAUGAAUUCCUUCUUUGACAUCAAAUCCACCCUGGUGCAGCUAGGGGCAGACCAGGAACACAUUAGUGCCUGGAGAAUAGGAAAUACACAAGGCAUAUCUGUUCAUCUGCGUUCAAUAGCCCCUCUGCUUCAUCCCGACCUGUGUGCAGCAGGGUCAGAUUAUGAAGCAUCCGUUCCGGAGGCCAGUGUGGCACCGGUUUACAAAGAAACCAUAAAAACCAAGAAUGGUUACCAGUGCCCCUCUGGACCUUGCAGCCACACUAAAGCCUAUCGUGGUGAAGGUGCCAAAACUUCACUAAUUAACCACAUCAGAGCUGUCCACAAAAGUGAUGAAGUGAAGCUGUCUGCCUUGGUGGAGGCUGGUUUCAGAAAAAGGUCAUCAGAUUCUGGCACCCAUUUUGAGUGUCGGUAUUGCAGUGCCAGACUCUCAGGAUCAAAGAAGAGAAGGGAAAGCCAUGAAGGAAGCUGUGGUCAGAAGCAGGUCAAGAAAAUGAUGAAGUAGUUCUCAUUACGUCAAUUCACAGGGAUAUAAACCUGCAUUUGAUUAUUUAUUUUGUUAUUUGAUGAUAAAACCUUUAUAACUUUGUAGUGUCGUGAUGUUUUUGAUGAAAGGCAUAAGAAGUUCUGGAUUAAAAGUUAUCCCCACGUAUGUUCAUUGCAAAUAUUGUUUUGCAAAAAUAACAUUAUUGUAACAUGGUAUACCUAUGUUGAGUGUUGUUAGAAUCAGAAUAGACAUUGGAAAGUCUGCGAAAAAAUUCCUGCAAGAAAGAGAAUUGAGAUUUUGCACCCUUGAGUAUAUAGUAUUGACCUUCAAUGAAAGAUCCGUUCUUUCUUUCAACACCCUAGAUACACCUUAAUUUUUUUUUAAAUUUAUUUACACAUGUUUCAUGUGACUGAAAAUACAGUUUAAACUACAAUCUAAAUACCUCUGACAAGCAAUGUAGGACAGUGUGUACCAGUUGUUUCUUUAUUUCAUUACUAGCAUUCCACAAUUUAAAAGUAAAAACAGAAUUUCAUUCUGGGGUUUGGCUGCCUCAGAGACAAAACAACAAUUCGAUACCUACAACGCAAAGACACGUACUUCUACGACCCGAGAGAAGACUGACGUAGUUCCGAGCACCGAUUGCAAACACAAGUAGUUCUGAGGCC